ACUCGGUCAGGUGUCACUAAUUUGUCAAAUAAUCAAAAAUAAACAUGGCGAUUGUUGUUUUCCAAUUAUUACAAAUGUUUCUUCCCAGUUUUCAAGAAAGUAAUUAAAAAAAGCUGAAAUUUUCGUAUUCUUAUAUGAAGUAAGUCUUUUCCUUAAAAAAUGACGACCUCGGAACAAAUAGGUCUUAACAAAACAUGGGAAUUAUCCCUCUACGAGCUGCACAGAACGCCGCAAGAAGUGAUCACCGACAAUACCGAAAUUGCGGUAUCCCCUCGGAGCCUUCAUAGCGAACUUAUGUGCCCUAUUUGCCUGGAUAUGCUUAAAAAAACGAUGACCACUAAAGAAUGCUUGCACCGUUUUUGCUCAGAGUGUAUCAUCACUGCCCUAAGGAAUGGAAACAAGGAAUGUCCCACUUGCCGUAAGAAACUGGUGUCAAAAAGGUCUUUACGUGCCGACCCCAAUUUUGACCUACUCAUAUCAAAGAUCUACCCAAGUAGAGAUGAAUAUGAAGCACACCAGGAAAAAGUUUUGGCAAAAUUAAACAAGGUUUACUCCAGAGAAGCAUUUGUACAAUCCAUCACUGAAGGUAUCAAACUGCAGUCACAAAACCGUGGCCCCAGGGGGCGCAAACCCAAUGAAACAGUGACAAGUGAGCAACAAGGUGAUCCACCCAGUGCGGGCACCAGUGAAAAUCAACCUCCAAACAAUGCAAAUACCUCUAACAACUCAAUUACUGCAACCCCCAGUAGUCCUCCGGCUUCAGGGCGGAGCACACCAUGCGAUCCUCCUAGUCCAGUCUCUUCUAGUGUCAGCUCUGUGAAAAGGCGUCCAAAAAGUGUAAUGACUUCAGAGAGAAGCGAGGAGAGCGAUUCAACUGCUCAAACAGAACAAACAGACACUGAUGGUGAGGGACCUUCUGAGCCCCACACCUUAAAUGAAAUUGAACUCGUCUUUAAACCACAUCCAACAGAAAUGUCUGGGGACAAUCCUCUUGUGAAAGCCCUUAAGGAAAAUUCUAUAAGGUACAUGAAAACAACUGCCAAUGCCACUAUUGACCAUUUGCACAAGUACCUUGCAAUGAGGCUGACUUUGGAUUUGGAUUCUCAGUUGCCAGCAACUCACAGUUUGUUGAAUUUCUGUAUUUAUAUCUCUCCAAGUUCUGGACAAUAUGUGCAGCUGAACGGUAUCCAGACUUUGGGGCAAGUAAAUGAUAAAUAUUGGAAAGAGAAUAAACCAUUGGAGAUGUAUUAUUCAUGGAAGAAGACAUAGGGAAUCCGAAGGGGGUUCUAAAUCAAGCCCCCACAUUAAGAUUAAGUAACUUUAUAUGUGUAUGUCAGUAAGUUUUUUAAACUUAUCAUUGUUUAGGAAUAAUAAAUGUAUAUGACAGUAA